AUGUGUGACAUGGGUGGACUGGAUAACUUGGUGGCCAACACGGCCUACCUGAAAGCCCAAGGGGGAGAUGACAAGGAAAUGAAGAAACGUCGGCGAAGUCUGGCUCUGCCCAAGCCGGAGCAAUGCGCAGAAAUCAAAUCAAACCUGGACAAGGACUUUGACUCCCUUUGCGAAAAACAGCCUAUAGGAAGGAAGUUUUUUCGCCAGUAUCUCGAUCAAGCUGAACCCGAGUGCAAUGCUGCUGCUGAAUUUCUGGAUGAUCUGACUGACUGGGAAUUGUCAGAGGCUGCUGCCAAAGACAAGGCCCGUACAAAUAUCAUUAAUAAAUUCUGCAAAGAUGGGUCAAAGACCUCACUAACCUACCUGACUGGAGAUGUAGCGACCAAGUGCAAGGCAGUUACAGAGAAAGAUUUUGAGGAGGUGAUGGGACAGGUUAAGGCAGCCACCAAAGAGUUUCUCAAAGGCAAACCGUUUACUGAUUACCAAGCAAGCUCAUUCUUCGACAAGUUUCUGCAGUGGAAAGUAUAUGAGAAACAGCCCAUCACUGAAAAAUACUUUUAUGAGUUCAGGACACUUGGAAAGGGUGGAUUUGGAGAGGUAUGCGCAGUGCAGGUGAAGCACACAGGUCAAAUGUAUGCCUGCAAGAAACUGUGCAAGAAGCGACUAAAGAAGAAACACGGUGAGAAAAUGGCCCUAUUGGAAAAGAAGAUUUUAGAGAAGGUCAACAGCCUCUUCAUUGUCACCCUGGCUUAUGCUUAUGACACCAAGACCCACCUCUGCAUGGUCAUGACCUUGAUGAAUGGAGGUGAUCUCAAGUAUCACAUCUACAACAUUGGAGAGAAGGGAAUCGAAAUGGAUCGGAUCGUCUAUUACACAGCUCAGAUUUGUACCGGGAUUCUUCACCUACACGCCAUGGACAUUGUGUAUCGUGACAUGAAGCCUGAGAAUGUGCUCUUGGAUAGUCAGGGUCAAUGCCGUCUUUCAGAUCUCGGUCUUGCUGUGGAGAUUCCAGUUGGAAAAUCCAUCACCCAAAAGGCUGGAACCGGCGCAUACAUGGCACCUGAAAUCCUCACUGAAACCCCAUACAGGACAUCAGUGGAUUGGUGGGCUCUGGGCUGCAGUAUCUACGAAAUGGUGGUUGGCUACACCCCCUUUAAAGGUCCCGAAGUCAAGAAGGAGAAAGUGGACAAGGAGGAAGUACAGAGGCGCAUCAUCGGUGAGGAGCCCAAGUAUGAACACAAGAACUUUGAUACCAGCACAAUAGAGAUCAUCAAGCUGUUCCUUAAAAAGAAGAUCGAUGAACGUCUUGGAUGCAAGGGUGAUGAUCCCAGGAAGCACGAGUGGUUCAAGUCUAUCAACUUUGCUCGUUUGGAGGCGGGCCUUAUCGAUCCACCAUGGGUACCCAAACCCAAUGUUGUCUAUGCAAAGGAUACGAGUGACAUUGCAGAGUUCUCUGAAAUUAAAGGUAUUGAGUUCGAUGCUAAGGAUGACAAAUUUUUCAAGGAGUUCGGCACAGGCGCUGUACCUAUUGCCUGGCAGAACGAGAUGAUUGACACUGGACUCUUCGAUGAGCUCAAUGACCCCAACCGGAAAGAAUCAUCUGCUGGCUUGGACGGCGAUAAGAAAUCAGGUACCUGCACGCUUUUGUGA